AUGGUUACUAUGAAACGAAAUUUAACUUUUAAAGAAUCAUUUGAAGAAGAUUCAAAGAAAUUACGAAGUGAAUUAGGUUCUAUUGAAAAUUUGUCCAAUGAAAUCUUCUAUGAAAUAUUUGAUUAUCUUGAUGGUUUGGAUAUUUGUAUGGCAUUUUCAAAUCCAAAAUUAAAAUCAAAUGAACUUUAUUUGUAUGGAAAUCAAUGUUCAAUAUCAAUUCAAAUUAAAUAUCUAAAAAUAGCUCAUUGGUAUGCAUUUGAUGAAUUUAAUGUAUUAAUAUCUUAUACAUCAAAUCUUCGUCGUCUUAAUCUUUCACAUGCAAGUAAGGAUGAUUCAGAUGUAGAAGAUAUGCUACCAAUGAAUUUAAAUAAUCUUAUUCAUUUACCCUAG